UUUUCUGACAUCUUCUCCCGCCCUCAUCUUUGUCUUCAUUUUAUUGCUUCUCUCACUGUCACCAAUUCUCUCUCUCCUAAUUUCACCUUCAAACCAUUGAAUCGCAUAACUUCACACCUAUUAUCCAUCAAAUUACCUAAAUCCAACAUCAAUAAGGAUGCAGGAAAUUUAUUAAUCAUCUACCGAAAAUGAAGUUCAAUUCCGAGAUUUCCAGCUUCCUCAACUUCUCACUAAUCUUUAGCUGAUUUUUUUUUAUCACGUUCGCUAAUUUGCAGCGUAAUUUUACUUUCUCAGGUAUGGAAGUUGCAGAGAAUGGAGGAGGUCCUGCUGUGCUGCAGUUGCACAGAUGGAACCCUUCUCAUAUCCGAUUCGACCUAUGUGAGUAUCAGGAGGCUUUUCUAUCCCCUACAAGGGAGCUCCUGCUUUUUCUUUCAUAUCAAAACGAGGCCUUGUUGCUCCCACUAUCAAGAGGUGACCCAUAUUUCAUAACAUCUAAAAGUUGUAUAGAUGAGAGUUGGAGGGAUGUAAAUUUGUUAUCUACACCAGCUUGUAUUUCAGAUUCAUCGGAAAACAUCUCAAGUAGUUCUAAAUCAGUGGAUGGGGUUUCUUAUAAGGAAACUUCCUCCGAGAGCAAUAAAGUUUGCUCUAAAACUUUCCCUUCUAUUUCUGAUGUAAAUUCGUUGGCUUGGGGAGUGUGUGGGGAUACUUAUAAACAGCAUACGGAAGCACCAUUUAGGGAAUUUCUCAUUGUAGUUGGUAAUAGUGGUGUAACAUUCCAUGGUUUUCAUCUAGGCAAUGAAACUGCUGCAUUUGCUAGUCAGUCUUCUGAAGAUGGUGAUAAGCUAGGGAGAUGGGUUGAAUGGAGGUCUUGUAGUGUGUCUUGUGAUGAUGAAGCUCUUGGUGGUGUUUCCACUCCAGGUAAUACCAGCUUGACCUCAAAGAAGUGGCUACAAUCCUUCUUAAGCUCGUCCAAGACUGUAGAAUCUGAUUGCACAAUUUGGACUCUUUUUCCUGAGAAGUCUAAGCUGCCCAGAUCAGUAACUGUUGUAUCUUUUUUUGUUGAUUUUAGUGAUCCCAUACUUUUGGAAUUGUUCUCUGGUACCCCUUUUGUAUUAGAUAAAAGGGCACAUGAAAAGGAUAUAGUUCAUACUUUGUCAGAUGGUGUGCAAUCUGAUGCGUAUUUUGCUGGAAGCAGAACCUACGCUUGUUUGAGAGUAUUUUCAAGCUGGUUUCAUUACUUGAUUGGAUUUGUUUUUUCCAAUGGGUCCAAUAAUGACAAAAGUAGUUGUGAUUUCAGCUGUGAAUACCAAGACAUUGUGGUUCUUGUUGCUCUCAUAGAUACUCAUGGCAUUCGGUGGCUCUACUCUGUUAAGCUUUUAGAAAAGUGUGUUAGCUUUGAAACUAAGUGGGUAGACUUCCAAAUUUCUGAUAAGUUCCUUUUUUCUCUUGAUAAAUCUGGGUGCAUUGUUCUUCACACUGCAACCACAGGGGAAUAUAUCACAUUCUUGGAUAUUUUACAUAUAUAUGGAGUUAACCCUAAUCAGAAUUUGACAGAAUGUGACAAUUUGACGCAAGAUGUUAAUGGUACCACAGAUGUAAUAUUGCAAAAUAAGUUGGACGCUACUUGUCUUUUAAAUUCUAAAGCUAGCAAUGUUUCGUACAAACGAAUUUUUCAAAGAUUGAUUGUUGCUCCGUAUUCAUGUCGAAUUUCUGUUGUUGAUGAGUUUGGUGUACUUUAUGGUGUUUGUGUUAGUGAUUAUGUGGCUGAUACAUUUGUAAUGAUUGACAAGAUUCUCCCAGAAUACCUAAAACUUGGUGUUUUGGCCCCAUGGGUUGUCGGUAAUACUAAUAUAAGCCAGGUGACUUCUACUUCUACAGGCUUUGAUAAGUCAUCUAUUUGGGAUAGUUUUGGAAGUUUAGGGCUGCAACAUGCUCAAAAAUGGAAAACUCAUAGGUUAAUCAAUCAGGAUAAUUUGUCUUGGAGUUGUUUCUCGGAGAGCAGUCACAGUUUAUCUGAUUUUAGUUGCUCACGGUCUACAAGGAAUGUAUUUAUCCCCAAUGCUAGACAUGGAGCGGCCGACAUCAUUUGUUUUUCUCCUUUUGGGGUUACACGUCUCUUGACGAGAAAUAGUAGCAAAAGUCAACGGAGCUAUAUUGUUCAUACCAGUUUGUACAUAGAGUCAUAUUCUCUUGAUGACAAUUGCUUGAAUCUUGUAAACAGAACUUUUGACCUGCAAAGUGAAGCAAAAGUUGUUGAUGGAGUUGCUGUUGGUUGUGUUUUUCAGGGUUGUUUAUAUUUAGUUACAAAAAGUGCAAUUUCUGUAGUUCUUCCUACUAUAUCAUUGUCAGCUAACUUCAAUAUCACUGACUCUAUAAGCUACCAACCAACAAAAACUAGUGCAACAACUGCUCUUGACUUGCAUAAAUCAUUGAUGUUUGAUAAAUUGAAACAACUUGGGUCAACAUGGCAAGUGGCAAUAAUUGAUAAAACACUUAUAUAUGAAGGUCCUGAUGAAGCUGAUAGGCUCUGUUUGGAGAAUGGUUGGAACAUAAGACUUUCCCGGCUGCGACGCUUGCAAUUGUCUUUGGCUUAUUUGGAAUUUGAAGAGAUGGACAUAGCCUUAGGAAUGCUUGCGGAGGUGAAAAUUGCAGAUGAAGGGAUCUUGUUAAUGAUCUAUGCUGCCAUGUACUUGAUGGUUCAGAGGCAUGGAAAUGAUACUGAUAUAUCUGCUGCACUUAGAAUACUAGCAUUAGGUUCUUGCUUCGCAAUUAAAAUGCUUCGCGAAUAUGCCAUUUUGGAGCAAAAGAAUGAAUAUGCAUUACAAAGGACAAGAGAAAGGGAUGAUUCAGCACCUCUACUUUUGUCCAAUAAAGAGUACAGUGAGUUCAAAGAUUCAAGAAGGCUGCAUGAAAUGGCCUAUUAUCUCGAGAUUAUUCGUAAUAUACAAUGUCAAAUUUGUUCGAAAUUCCAAAGGAUUGGAAAAGAACCGGUAAAUGCCUUGGAAGCACCACAUCUUGAAAGUUCGUUGGAUUUAUUGCAGGAUGAUUAUCAGCUUUAUAGUGCUACAGAUCAUGGGAUAGCUUUUGAGAAGCCUUACAAAUACGAACCUGUCUUGAAUGAAUUGGAUAUGGGCGUUACUGAAUCUGAUAAACUUAAAUUAGUGCCUUUGGGACCUCUGACGUCUGAAAUGUUUUUGAAAUCAAAAAUGCAAGAUGAAAGGUUAAUCCAUGUGACGGGAGAAAUUCCAAAGAAAAUAAUUUUCGCUGCAGAGAACCCUCAAGAAAUGUUUGCACGGUGGGAGAUGGACAAUAUGGAUUCAAGGAAUAUUGUUAAAGAUGCUUUAAUGUCUGGCCGUCUUCCACUAGCAGUUCUUCAGCUGCAUCUUCACCGUAUAAAAAACAUUGUCGAUGACCAGAGGCCUAGUGAUGCUUUUGCUGAAGUUCGUGAUAUGGGAAGGGCAAUUGCCUACGAGCUACUCUUAAAGGGUGAGACAACACUUGCUAUUUCCACUCUACAAAAACUUGGAGAAGAUGUAGAAGCAUGUCUGAAGCAGUUGCUAUUUGGUACGGUGAAUCGAUCACUGCGGAGGCAAAUUGCUGAAGAAGUUCAAAAAUUUAAAUAUCUAAGGUCAUAUGAGCUGGAAAUACUUGACAAAAUAUCGUUGAUUGAGAGGAUUUACCCUUGUAGUAAUUUUUGGAGAACAUAUGCUUCCCGAAGAAAGGACGGAAGAGAAAUUUUGAAGUCUGUUGAAGCUCCUGCAGAUUAUAGCUUGCGUCUUUUAAUUCCCCCUGCCUUCAAAGAUUUUUCUAUUGAAUGUGGUGAUAUUGAUGGAGUAGUUUUAGGUUCAUGGGCGAAUUUAGAUGGCUCUGGUUGCCUUGAGGCUGAUGAUGACAGCAGCCAUGCAGGGUACUGGGCUGCUGCCGCCGUGUGGUCUAAUGCUUGGGACCAAACUACAAUUGACCGUAUUUUACUGGAUCAACCUUUUCUGUUGGGUGUUCAUGUAAUGUGGGAAUCACAAUUUGAGUACCAUGUUUGUCACAAUGAUUGGGAGGAAGUAUCUAAACUUCUGUGCAUGGUUCCAAGCUCGUUUUUAGCUGAAGGUUGUCUCCUCAUCAGUUUGGAUAGUUUGCAAUCUGCCCCGUCAAUCAGGUGCAGGAUGGACUUCCCAGAUUAUGGCAGCUAUGCUUACCCCCCAGAUGAAUUAGAUGCAGUUUGUAUAGGCAUUCCAAAUGUUAGAAUUUUUAAUUCAUUAGCAUAUGAAAUGUGCUCGUCAUGGAUGAGAGUGCUGAUUGGAACGGAGCUUGCCAAAAGAUUCAUUUUCCUCAAGGAAUAUUGGGAUCAAGCAGGAGAAGUAGUCUUUUUGUUGGCCCAAUGUGGCUUUCUCGAUGGAGCAAAUGUGAUGUUCACUUCAGAUGGAUCUUUGCAUCACUCAGCCAUUCAGGAUUCUGAAAUUGUUGGAGCAUUGCACCCAAAUACUGAGCUAGCCUUCCACAAACUUAUUGUGCAUUACUCUGUGCAAUAUAACCUGUCAUAUUUCUUAGACCUUUAUCUUGAUCAUCACAAGUUGGCUCUGGACAGUGACACCACCAAUGUAUUCGAGGAAGCUACUGGUGAUUGUCAAUGGGCAAAAUGGCUGCUCUUUUCCAGGAUUAAGGGACGCGAAUACGAUGCAUCAUUCUCUAAUGCCCGUGCACUUUUAGUGCGUGAUGUAAUUUCUGGCAGUAGCCUUCCUAGUUUGGAAGCUAAUGAAAUUAUUUCGACCGUUGAUGAUAUUGCUGAAUCGGGAUGGUCAAUGGCAGCUCUGGCCACAUUAAUGUUUGCUCCCAUGCCAAUACAAAAUUGCCUGAGCAUUGGAAGUGUGAAGAGGAGCAGUAAUUCUUUCCAGUGUACACUGGAAAAUCUGAGAUCUGCUCUUCAAAAGUUUCCUACUCUAUGGUGCACACUUGUGGGAGCUUGUUUAGGGCAUGAUACUACUCAAAGCUACAUGGGUUUCAAAGGGAGAAAUGCUUUGUCGGCCUAUAUCAACUGGCGGGACAGUGUGUUUUAUUCUUCGGGACAUGACACCUCACUUCUGCAAAUGCUGCCUUGCUGGUUUCCAAAGAAUUUGCGGAGAUUGAUUCAACUUUUUGUUCAGGGUCCCUUGGGAUGGCAGUCAAUGACAAGUCUUACAGCUGAAGAAGCGCACCUGCAACGUGAUAUAGAAUUUCUAAUGAAUGCUCAGGACUACUCUGAGAUUAGUGCACUGUCCUGGGAAACAGCAAUACAGAAACAAAUUGAACAGGAAUUGUAUCCAUCUUCUGUAGAAGAAACUGGAUUUGCUGUGGAGCAGCACUUGCAUCGAGGACGUGCAUUGGCUGCAUUCAACCAAAUUCUUAGUUCUAGGGUUCAAAAACUAAAAUCUGAUGGCAUUGAUAUACGACGUUCUAGUGCAUCGCUUCGUGGACAAGCAAAUGUCCAAUCAGAUGUUCAAACGCUGCUUUCUCCACUGACUCAAAACGAAGAGUCUAUUCUUUCCUCGGUAGUGCCGCUGGCUGUAACCCAUUAUCAAGACUAUGUGCUGGUUGCUUCAUGUGCUUUGCUGCUUGAAAUUUGUGGUUUGUCUGCUAGUGUACUUCGUGUUGAUGCUGCUGCGUUAAGACGUGUACAUUCCUUCUACAGAUCCAACCAAAUUAUGCAACAAAAACAGUUAUUGUCCAACAGUGCCACACUGCAUGCUUCUUGUGAUGUAAAUAUAACAGAUUCUCUUGCUCAAGCUCUGGCAGACUACUACCUACACCAGGGUGGAUGUGUAAAUAAGCAGGAGGAUGCUGAGAAGCCUGUUUCAAAUCAUCUUUCUCCCACUCUAUUGCUUGUCCUUCAGCAUCUGGAGAAGGCUAGUCUUCUAGUAUACUCUGGUGAGCAAACCUGUGGGUCAUGGUUGUUGAGUGGCAAUGGUGAUGGAAAUGAGUUAAGAUCUCAGCAGAAGGCUGCCAGUCAGAGCUGGAAUUUGGUUACGUUUUUUUGCCAGAUGCACCAGAUUCCUCUCAGCACUGUAUACCUUUCUUACUUAGCAAGAGACAAUGACUGGGUUGGAUUCCUCUCAGAGGCCCAGAUUGGUGGAUACCCAUUUGAUGCUGUGAUUCAAGUGGCAGCAAAAGAGUUUACUGAUCCAUGUCUUAGAACACACAUAUUAACAGUUUUAAGAGGCAUGCAGUCAUGGAAGAAGGCUACCGUGCCUUCUAGUUCAGAUUCUCCCAAAGAUAGGAAUGAAUGUUCACUUCCAGAUCAAACAUUUGGUAUAUCUGCUGAACUUUUUCAGAUCUUAGCUAUGUGUGAAAAUCAAAAAGAAUCCGGAAAGGCACUUCUUUUAAGGGCCAAAGAAUUGAGCUGGUCUUUGUUAGCUGUGGUUGCUUCAUGUUUUCCCGAUGUCACUCCAUUGUCAUGCUUAACCUGCUGGCUGGAGAUUACUGCAGCAAGGGAGCUUUCAUCGAUUAGAGAGAAUCAAAUUGCAUCUAUUAUAGCAAAUAAUGUUGGAGCGGCUGUGGAGGCUUCAAAUUCCCUAUCAGCUAGUGAUAGAGUCUCUGCUUUCCAUUAUAAUCGGAAAAGCCCGAAGCGUCGGAGGUUCUUGGAUCACUUGUUAGUGGAUUCCCUUACUACCACUAUGCAUAGCCCCUCAUAUGGUCCGGGAAAAUCAAUUAUUAAAGAAUUGAAGGAAUCCAGCAGUAACAUAGAUGCCAAAUUGAUGACAAAUUCAGAUGACUGGUCCAUAUCUUUACCUAAAUUGGUUGCUGUGCUGUGUCAACAAAACCAGUUCCUUCCUUUGCUGAAAGCUUUUGAAAUGUUUCUUCCCUCUUGCCCUUUGUUACCAUUCAUACGUGCUCUUCAGGCAUUUUCACAGAUGCGUAUUUCUGAUGCUUCCGCACAUUUGGGGUCAUUUUCAAUCCGAAUUAAAGAAGAGGCGUCAUGGAUAAGUUCGACUGCCGUGAAAGCUGCUGAUGCUAUUCUUUCGACAUGCCCUUCACCUUAUGAAAAAAGAUGCUUGCUACAACUCCUUGCUUCUACCGACUUUGCUGAUGGAGGAUCUGCUGCUGCAUAUUAUCGACGUCUGUACUGGAAAAUUAAUUUGGCAGAGCCUGCUCUAAGGAAGCAUGAGGAUCUUCAACUAGGAAAUGAGUCUCUGGAUGAUGCUUCUCUCCUAACAGCACUUGAAAAUAAUGGUUACUGGGAACAAGCUCGCAACUGGGCUAGUCAGUUGGAGGCUAGUGGCACACCAUGGAAUUCUUCGGUUCACCAUGUUACUGAGAGACAGGCGGAAUCAAUGGUUACUGAGUGGAAGGAGUUUCUUUGGGAUGUGCCUGAAGAGAGAGUUGCUUUAUGGCGCCAUUGUCAAACCCUGUUCGAAAGACAUUCAUUUCCUGCAUUAAAGGCUGGAUUGUUUUUUCUCAAACAUGCUGAGGCUGUCGAGAAAGAACUUCCACCAAGAGAGCUCCAUGGGAUGUUAUUACUUUCUCUACAAUGGCUAAGUGGGAUUUUUACUCAAUCCAACCCAGUAUGUCCACUUCAUCUCUUAAGAGAAAUUGAGACCCGAGUUUGGCUUCUAGCUGUAGAAUCUGAAGCCCAAAAGAAGAAUGAACAAGUUUCUAGUUUAACCGGAUCUAGUCAAGAUCAGAUGUCUGGAAAAAGUUCCAAUAUUGUUGACCAAACUGCAAAUGUUGUCAUGAAAAUGGAUAGCCAUAUAAAUAUGAAGAGUAGGGUGUCUGAGAAAGGGAAUGUUAGAGAAAAUAAUAAUUUGCAUCACAAGAGCUCGCAGACUUGGGAUGCUGGCAUAUCAGCUACAACUGGGAGCACAAAGAUUAAACGAAGGAAUAAACCAUAUGUCUCAUCUAGACGGGCCAUGGUUGAGAUCAAUGACAGGAGUGUUGCUGCUGAUGAAAGUUCUGUCCCUGACUUCGGAUAUGACUCUCAGCAUGAAAACCUGAGACUUGAUGCUUCUUUUUCUAGUUGGGAAGAGAGAAUCGGACCUGCAGAGCUUGAAAGGGCUGUUCUUUCGUUAUUGGAAUUCGGACAAAUUACUGCUGCCAAGCAGCUGCAGCAAAAGCUUUCAUCUGGUGACUCGCCUUUUGAGUUGAAAAUUGUAGAAGCUGCCCUAAAAAUUGCAGUACUGUCAACACCUCUGCAGAAGCAAUCCUUCUCUCUGCUGGAUGAGGAUUUGCGUUCUCUUAUUCAGUCAUAUAUCUUGCCAACUGAAGAUCCUCUCUUUGAUCCACUCCAGGUAUUAGAGAAUUUGUCCGACAUAUUAUCUCAAGGUCGUGGACGUGGUCUGUGCAAGAGAAUAUUUGCAGUUGUGAAGGCUGCUAAUAUCUUGAGUAUUCCAUUUGUGGAAGCUUUUGAGAAGCAGCCAACUGAGUUACUACAGCUGCUUUCGCUUAAAGCACAAGAUUCUUUUGAUGAAGCGAGACUUCUGGUACAAUCUCAUCCCCUACCAGCUACAAGUAUUGCAAAAAUUUUGGCAGAAUCUUUCUUGAAGGGUUUGUUAGCAGCACAUCGCGGUGGAUAUAUUGAUCUUCAGAAGGAGGAAGGACCUGCUCCUUUACUUUGGCGAUUUUCUGACUUUCUAAAAUGGGCUGAUAUGUGUCCUUCUGAGCAAGAGAUUGGACAUGCGUUGAUGCGAUUAGUUAUUACAGGACAAGAAAUUCCGCAUGCUUGUGAGGUUGAGCUUCUUAUUUUGUCGCACCACUUCUACCAGUCAUCGGCUUGUCUGGAUGGUGUUGAUGUUCUUGUAGCCCUUGCAGCAACAAGGGUAGAGGCUUAUGUUUCUGAGGGCGAUUUUUCUUGCUUGGCUCGUCUCAUAACUGGAGUGGGAAAUUUCCAUAGGCUGGAUUUUAUACUUGGUAUUCUUAUAGAAAAUGGGCAACUGGAUCUUCUUCUUCAGAAGUAUUCUGCAGCUGCUGAUGCAAAUACUGCAGUGGCCGAGACUGUCAGAGGUUUUCGCAUGGCCGUUGUUACAGCAUUAAAGCAUUUUAACCCCAACGAUCUUGAUGCUUUAGCAAUGGUUUAUAAUCACUUUGAUACAAAACACGAAACAGCUUCUUUACUGGAAUCACGAGCUGAGCAGUCUUAUCAGCGGUGGCAACUUCGCCAUGACAAAGACCACAAUGAAGACCUUCUUGAAUCAAUGCACUUCUACAUUGAAGCGGCAGAAGUCCAUUCCUCCAUUGAUGCGGGAAAUAAAACUCGUUCUGCUUGUGCUCAGGCUUCCCUGGUCUCCCUUCAAAUUCGAAUGCCUGAUUAUCACUGGUUAAAUCUGUCUGAAACCAGUGCUCGCAGAUUACUAGUUGAUCAAACACGAUUUCAAGAAGCAUUAAUUGUGGCAGAAGCAUAUAAUCUCAAUCAACCUAGUGAAUGGACACCUGUGUUAUGGAACCAGAUGCUUAAUCCAGAAGUUGUAGAGCAAUUUGUGGCUGAGUUUGUGGCUGUUCUCCCCCUACAAAAUUCUGUUCUUAUUGAAUUGGCAAAAUUUUAUAGAUCGGAGAUGGUAGCUCGGGGAGACCAGUCCAAUUUUUCAGUGUGGCUCUCAGGAGGAGGUUUGCCUGCUGAAUGGGCAAAGUAUUUGGGAAGGUCGUUUCGUUGUUUGCUCAAGAGAACAAGAGAUCUGAGGUUCCGCUUUCAAAUGGCUUCUGUUGCAACUGGGUUUAAUGAUGUGAUUGAUGCAUGUAAUAGGAUCCUGGAUAAGGUUCCCGAAAAUGCUGGACCACUUGUGCUUAGGAAAGGGCAUGGUGGGGCAUAUCUCCCGUUGAUGUAGCAGGGCAAAUUAAGGUGGACUAUAUCGUAGAAGAAAACUUGGAAUAGAUGCAAUAUGGUCGUGCAUUAGGUGAUGAAUUACCGGAUUUUUGCUUUAAAGGUACAUUCUCUGUUGACCGACUGAAAAUUGAAAUAUAUUAGCGAUAUUAAUUGAUAUCAAUGAUUGAUAAUCUUGUCGAUAAUGUGUUGCUUAAAUUUUAAUAGAGUCCAUUUUGCUGAUAUCAAAUUAAGCGACUCGAUUUUUUUUCAUCUUGUCGUUAUAGGCUUUGGCGUUGUUGUCAGGCGCCUUAGUUUUGGACAAUCUGACUAUAGAAAUUAGGUUGGAUUAUAAACUUUUAGGCUUUUUGAGAUUUUAGCAUUUGGUCCAGUACAAUGUAAUUCAUCAACUCGACUUCUCAGGGGAAUUUUUGUGAGGUGGAAGUCUCAAGUUUUGUAGGACAAAGCUGUAUCAAUCUAUUGAAAAUAAAUGUAAUUUCUGUAAAUAUCAGUCCUAAACAGAGGGACAGACAGCUGACCUUUGUACUUGUUCAAUUUUUCAAAAUCAAUAAAUUGAUCUUUUCGUCGACA